AUGCGUCUAAUAGUCUGCUCGAUGCUUAUUGCCUUCACUCUGGCCGCUACGGUCCAUAGGUCAAAGCGCCAGGUCUCCGUAUAUUACUUAUGCCCUGGAAUUAAUGGUGGAUACAUCAGCCAAUACCCCUGCUCAAAUACUGGAUGUUGGGGCAACGACGGUUGCAAUUACAAUUCAAAUCCAUGUGGAAGCAACAACUGCAACUACAACCAGCCAUCCCUGCCUUAUUCUUUCUACAAUAGCGGCUACAAUUGCAACAACGGCUGCACCAAUGUGAACUGUAACAAUUACGCGGGCCAGUACAUUAAUGGCCAAUACGUCGCCUAUUCGCAAAACAACAACCAAUACUCGGCCUGCGCUUCAAACUGCUGCAAUAACUACUACAACCCUUAUAGAACGACUUGGAAUGGAGAUUCUGCAACUACCGAUACUGCCCAGAUCGGACAGGGCGCUGUUGUAGCGGCAAGAAGCCCCCCGGUUCCGGCUGUCGCCCCAGAUCUUUCCGCUGCCAUCAAAGCAAACAAGAGAGGAAAC